UUGUGUUACAGGACAGGACCAUUGCAGCAAAUUGCUGUCCCCAAACAACAGAUGAGAUAGACAUCUCAGAGAGUAUUCUCAGCGAUCACCUAGAGAGUACUAGCAGUGACCUUAAGGAUUCAUGUUCUCCCACUGAAGAGGAAUUAUCUACAACUGAGCCACACGUUUCCCUUUCUCUGGAAACAUCAGAUGAAGAAGACCAACAAGCAGAAGAAGACGAAAAAGUAACACGCACAAGAAAACAACCUUUAAAAAUGGAUAAAACUGUUCAUGGAAGUAACCAUAAACAACGUAAUAUCAACGUGAAAAUGUCCUCAAACAAGGAACACCACCGGAUAUAUGACAAGAAGAAUUACUGCCUUUACUGUGAGAAGCCGUUUGCGAAGCUCACAAGACAUCUGAAGCAAAAGCACGCUGAUAAGGUUGAAGUAGCUAAGGCACUUGCACACAGGCAAGGUUCCACACAGUACCGUCUUCUGCUAGAGAAAAUACGAAAUAUGGGGAAUUACCACCAUAGCUGUUCAGUGCUAUCCUCUGGUAAUGGACUAAUAAUACCAAAAAGACAAGCAACCUAUAUAUCCUCAGCAACAUACUAUCUGCCUUGCAAGUUUUGCUUCGCUAUGUAUGUCAGAACUGACCUCUGGAGACAUCAUAAGCGUUGCAAACUGCAAGUGAAAAACGAUGGACCGGUGAAAAGAAAAGUUCAGGCAAGUUCUUCCCUGAUGUUGCCCUUGGACACAACAAUUUCUACCGGACUCAAAGAAAUUCUUCAGGACAUGACAUAUGACAUUGUUACACAAGUGGUGAAAUCUGAUGACCUGAUUCUUUCACUGGGAGAAAGAAUGUUCCUCAAAAAUGGAGAAGUUCGACGUCAUCGGGCAGAUAUCAGGAACAAGAUGAGGGAACUUGCCAGAUUUGUUUUGUCGGCUCGAAAAAUUGACUAAGACGUUAUCUUUUUGAAGGACUUGAUCAACCCAGGAAAGUUCAACACAGUACGUGAGGCUGUAAAAAAUAUGACUGGGUUUGAUGCCAUAACAAAUAGAUUCUUAGUUCCCUCAACAGCACUGAAACUGCGCCACUCCCUUGUGAAGGUGUCGCAUAUUGUGCAAGGAGAGGCUCUGCGUCAAGAGGACAAUGCCUUAAAGGGAAGGGCGGAACAGUUUAUCAAAUUAAUUGAGCUAGAAUGGACAACACAUGUGCCAUCCAACGCACUGAAAACCCUGUACCAGAAGAAAUGGAACAGCCCCCAAACGUUGCCUCUAUCAGAAGACAUCAAAAAGCUCCAGGAUCAUUUAAAAUCCCUUGAAGAGUUGAACAAAGAGGCUCUCAUUGACCAUCCAUCAAAAAGGUCAUGGAGUGAGCUCUCGCAAGUCACCCUGAUUCAGCUGAUUUUAUUUAAUCGACGUCGCGAAAAAGAAGUUUCAAGGAUGGAAGUACAGACAUACCUGCUGAGAAACAAACGCAAUAUGCAUGAUGAAAUUCUGAAGAGCCUGUCACAAUUUGAGAAGAAAUUGUGUCAGAAUCUCAUCAGGGUGGAAAUCCGGGGGAAAAGAGGCCGCAAGGUACCAGUGCUGUUUCCAACAAACGUACAUGAGUCUGUGGAACUUCUGAUCAAAACAAGAGAUGAGGUUGGAAUUUCCACAAGCAACCUUUACAUUCUUGCCCGCCCAUGUUAUGGAUCUUUGGAGAACAUUCGUGAAUGUGACAGUUUAAAGCGAUAUUCCGAAAGCUGUGGAGCUCAACAUCCAGAAAACAUCACAUCAACAAAACUACGCAAGCAUGUAGCGACAGUGUCACAGCUCCUGAACCUUCAAACUCAUGAACUUGACCAACUAGCAACAUUAAUGGGUCAUGAUAUUGAGGUCCAUAGGGAAUUUUACAGACUUCCUGAAGAAACCCUUCAAAUUGCUAAAGUUAGCAGAAUUCUUUAUGCCCUGCAAGAUGGAAUGGGAAAAUUCAAGGGACAAUCCCUGGAAGACAUUACCCCAAACAUCAACUGUAAGUACAGCAUUUAA